CGGGAGGCGGUGGCUGUACCGCUGGGAACGGGAACGGGAGGGAGCCGGGAGCGGUGGGAGUGGCGCUGCCAUUACCGGUAUCGGUAUCUCCAGCGAGCUCCGGUCCCGGCCGGGAGGCGGCAGCUGCCCCGGAGGUGUUGCCGGCUGCGGGGACGAUGGCAUCGGGGGGCUCCUGGAGCAGCCUGACCCCCCUGCAGAAAGCCGCCGUGCUCCUGGGUAUCCCGGCCGGCACUGCCAUCCUCUAUAUCCUGUACCGCCGGUACCGGGAGAGCCGAGAGGAGCAGCCGACUUUCGUGGGGGACAAGGAGCUGGAACUCAAGGUGCGAGUGCCCCGGGUGGCCCUGAAAUCCAUCAUCGGCCGCAAAGGAGCCACCAUCAAGAAGCUACGCCGGGAGAUGGGAGCCCGCAUCAACGUGGAGGAAGAGGAUGAGGACGAGGAGGCGACGCUGCUGAUCUCGGGCUCCCCCAACCAAGUGUGCCGGGCGAAAGCCGCCGUCCACCAGAUCGUGACAGAGAGCGUGCUGGUGUCGGAGCAGCUUUGCGUGCCGCAGCGAGCCGUUGGCAGGAUUAUCGGCCGCGGCGGUGAGACGGUACGGAGCAUCCGGCGCAGCUCAGGGGCCAAAGUGUUCUGCGAGCGCGAUGCCGGGCUGUCCCCGAUGCGGGUCAUCCAGCUCUCGGGGACGCGGAAGGAGGUGGCGGCUGCCAAGAAACUCAUCCUGGAGAAGCUGAUGGAAGAGGACGCCUUCCGCAAAGAGCUGGCGGAGUCGACGGCAGCGCGGUGCCAGCGCAAGCAGCCCCUGGGCAGGUGGCACAAGCCGGGAUGCCGAUGCCAAGAUGCCGGAGCUCGGAUGCCAGAGCCCGGUGAAGAGGAGGAGGAAGACUCAUCCUGGGAUGAAGGCUCACACCGGAGCCAGGCGCCCUUCGAGGAGGUGGAGGAGCUGGAGGAUGGGAGUGAUGAGGCAGAGGAGCCGGAGGUGGCGGUGCCAAAAUUUGAAGUUCCCAGCCCCGAUUUCAGCUUCCAGCCGGAUGAGCACCUGGAGGUUUACGUCUCAGCCGCGGAAAGCCCCGACCGCUUCUGGAUCCAACUCAUCGGACAGCGCAGCCUCCAACUGGACAAGCUGACGGCCGAGAUGCGGCAGCUCUACCAGAGCGGCGCUUGCGGGACGGAGCUCCGAGCCCCCCAGCCCGGGGAUAUUGUGGCCGCUCCGUACCUGGAUGGAGGGGAUUGGCACCGCGCCCGCGUCCUGGAUGAGCGGCCGGGAGGGAACCUGCGCCUCCGCUUCGUGGAUUUUGGGGAUAUCGGAGAAGCUCCUCCGGAGGCUCUGCGGGCACUGCGGAGCGAUUUCCUGAGCCUGCCAUUCCAAGCCAUCGAGUGCAGCCUGGCCGGCGUUGUGCCCGCCGGGACCGAGUGGGAUGAGGCGGCGCUGGAAACCUUCGCGCGGCUGACGCACUGCGCAGCGUGGCAACCGCUGCUGGCUCGCAUCGCCAGCUACGCCGCGGCCGGCAUCGGCGCCCGGCUCAACGUCCAGCUGUACGACGUCCUCGCUGGAGAGAACUUGGAUAUCGGUGCCGAGCUGGUGCGGCUCGGCCAUGCCGUUGCCCAGGAGGAAGGCGCGGGAGUGGCACGCGAUGUUCCUGACCCCCUAGAUGACGGUUUGACGGAGCCCACCUCCUGCUGACGGCUGAUCCCACCGAGAUUCCGGCAAUUCUCUGUCUGUGCUGGGGCAGCCAGUAUCCGUUGGAUCUCCCCUCUCCGGCAGGUUUGAUUCGCAGCAUCGGGAAAGACCCACCUGCGUCUCCUGGUUCAAUAAAUGGAAUGUUUUGGUGGAGCCACAGCGUCCCGGCAAGCGUCGGUGCUGCUGUUUGGGAUACCCACAUUCCCAACACUGGGAAUACCCACCAGGAGCCGAGGGGGGAGUACGGGGAUGGCGCAGAGCCCCUGGUUUUGGGAAGCGAGGGGGUGGUGUCCCUUCUUUUGGGGGGAAGUAG